AUGUUAAAUAAGUUUCUUCUUUUUCGCCUUUGGGAUCAAUUGCUGACACCUCUUCAUUCUUUAUCUAUUCAUUCUACCACCAUUCAUUUUUCACUAUUGUCUCUCUUACUAUUCACCCCCUCGUUGUCCUUCUCUUCCUCUUUAUUUCCCAUUCUUUCUCUCUCAUUUUUCUUUGUUCCUAUUCACUCUCUUUCUCACCCUCGUUCUUUUACUCUGUACACACUACUUUUCUUUCUUCUCUCUCUCUCUCUCUCUCUCAUUCUUUCUAUCUAUAUAUCUUCCUUUUCUUUCACUCUCUAUUCUCUCAGAUUUUUUCACAUCUUUCCUUUUCUCUCAAACUUACACAUUUCAAUUCCCUUUCUUUUCUCCUCCAUAUUUUCUCUUUUUCUUUCUUUCUUUCUUUCUUUCUUUCUUUCUUUCUUUCUUUCUUUUAUAUCUCUUUAUUUUCUUUCUUUCAGUCCUAUUCUCAUAAUCUCCCUUUUUCUUUCUUAUUAUCCGCCUUCUUUCUUUCUUUCUUUCUUUCUUUCUUUCUUUCUUUCUUUCUUUCAAUUUCUCUUUCCUUUUUCCCAGUUGAACCCUUCCCUCCUCUUCAUCUCUACUUUCUUCUCUCCCCAUUUUCAUUAUCUUCUCUUUACCUUCUACCUCUUGCUUUCUUUCUUUAUUUAUUUCAAUCUUUCUUUAUUUCUUCCUCUUCUUUCUCCCUUUUUCUUUCAGUUCCUUUCUUUUUUCUUUAGCUUUGCUUCAGUCCUGCUCUCGAUCUCUUUUCUCGCCUUUCUUUCUUUCUUUCUUUCUUUCUUUCUUUCUUUCUCGACUGUCGCUAUAUGUCUGUCUGUCUCUCUCUCUCUCGUCACAUUUUUCGCUUUUUUUAUCUUUCUCUUCAAGUGCCUGGCUUCUUCUAUAAGGAGUGGAGCAAGUUGGAUUUCCUACACAUAA